AUGGGCUGUGGGACCAGUAGCAAAGUAGUCCCGGAGACAUCGGCUUCUGCCUUUCACCUGAGCUGGGGCAAGGGAGUGGGGAAAGGAAGCUAUGGUCCGCUGCAGGCAGGACAGUGGGAGGCUGGGCACAGGGGGCAGCGGGGACCCCACGAAGCGGCGGUAGAGGCGGUUCAGAAAAUGCAGGUGGCCAGAUACCGGGCCAAGUUCGACCCCCGGGUCACAGCCAGAUAUAAUAUCCAAGCUCUUAUUGGAAGAGGCCGUUUCAGCAAGGUUGUGAGAGUGGAGCAGAGAGUCACAAAGAAGCCCUUUGCCAUCAAAAUGGUAGAGACCAGAAUGAAAGAAGGCAGAGAAGCCUGUGAAUCCGAACUGAGUGUCCUCCGGCGAGUCAGCCACUGCAAUAUUGUCCAGCUUAUAGAGAUCUUUGAAGCCCAGGAUCGAAUUUACAUAGUGAUGGAACUGGCCACAGGAGGAGAACUCUUUGAUCGAAUUAUCGCCCAGGGAACAUUCACAGAGAGGGAUGCCAUCAUAAUCCUCAAGAUGGUUGUUGAUGGAGUGAGGUAUCUGCACAGUCUACAAAUAACUCACAGAGACCUGAAGCCUGAAAAUCUCUUGUACUAUCACCCAGGGGCAGAAUCAAAGAUCUUAAUUACAGAUUUUGGCUUGUCAAGCUCUGGUAACAAAAAUGGUGACUGGUCCAUGAGUACUAUCUGUGGGACACCAGAGUACAUGGCGCCAGAAAUUCUAUCCAGAAAACCGUACACAAAUGCAGUGGAUAUGUGGGCUCUUGGAGUGAUAACCUACGUUUUACUGAGUGGAUCCCUGCCAUUUGAGGAUGAAAACCACAUGAGACUUUAUAAGAAGAUUCUAAAGGGGAAAUACAGCUAUAAGGGAGAACCUUGGCCAAAUGUUUCCAACUUAGCAAAGGACUUUAUAGAUAGACUAUUGACAUUGGAUUCGGGUCAUCGCAUGUCAGCUGGGCAGGCUCUGAAUCACCCUUGGGUAAUGACCAUGGCUAUAACAUCUCCCAUGAAGAAUCUUCAAAGAUCCAUCUCCUGGAACCUGAUGCUCAGGACAUCACCUCAUUCUCAGGGCUCCAGAUCAUCACGGACCUCUGAGUCUUGUCAUUCAAAUGGAUCGAAACAUUCUUGGGGAAAGAAACUGGUGAAUAAAACUGGCACCAUGAGCCUUGGAUGA